CCUCUCCCCCCCUUCUCUCUUUCUCUCGACUUUCUCUCGCUAUGGCUGUCUCUCUCUUUGUCUUUCUGGAUGUACGAGCGAGCCUCAAGGGAAAACAACCAGGAAAAACUCCACCUGGAAAAACUCCACCUGGAAAACUCCACCUGGAAAACUCAACCAGGAAAAAACUCCACCUGGAAAAAACUCCACAUGGAAAACUCCACCUGGAAAACUCAACCAGGAAAAAACUCCACCUGGAAAACUCCACCUGGAAAAAACUCCACCUGGAAAACUAAACCAGGAAAAAAAUCCAACCUUGAAAACACCGGGAAAACAACCAGGAAAACUCAACCGGGAAAGCCUCCACCUAGAAAACUCCACACCGUGUGGAAGCCCUGCCACCGCCUCCUUCACUUCCCCAGCAGCGCCUCCGUCACCUCCCCAGCAGCGCCUUCAUCACCUCCCCAGCACCGCCUCCUUCACUUCCCCAGCAGCGCCUCCGUCACUUCCCCAGCAGCGCCUCCGUCACCUCCCCAGCAGCGCCUUCAUCACCUCCCCAGCAGCGCCUCCAUCACCUCCCCAGCACACGCCUCCUCACCUCCCCAGCACGCCUCUCACCUCCCCGCACGUCCUCAGCUCACCUCCCCAGCAGCUCUCACCUCCCCACCUACCCCAGCACCGCUCCUUCACCUCCCCGCAGCCCCCUCACCUCCCCAGCAGCGCCUCUCACUCCCCAGCACCGCCUCCUUCACCUCCCCAGCACGCCUCUCCCACGCUCCCCAGCACGCCUCUCACCUCCCAGCAGCGCCUCCUCACCUCCCCAGCACGCCUCCUUCACCUCCCAGCACGCCUCCUCACCCCCAGCACGCCUCCUCACCUCCCAGCACGCUCUCACCCCAGCACCGCCUCCUCACCUCCCCAGCAGCCCUCCUCACCUCCCCAGCAGCGCCUUCCCCCCACCUCCCCCAGCGCCUCCUUCACACUCCACGCCUCCCACCCAGCCGCCUCCUCACCUCCCCAGCAGCCCCUCCUCACCUCCCAGCACGCCUCUUCACUCCCCAGCCGCCUCCUUCACCUCCCAGCAGCUCCUCACCUCCCCAGCAGCGCCUCAUCACCUCCCAGCACGCCUCCAUCACCUCCCCAGCACGCGCCUCCUCACCUCCCCAGCAGCGCCUCCUCACCUCCCCAGCAGCCGCCUCCUCACCUCUCCCAGCAACCCCUCCUCACCUCCCCAGCCAGCGCCUCCUUCACCUCCCCAGCAGCGCCUCCACCUCCCCAGCAGCGCCUCCUCACCUCCCCAGCACGCCUCCUCACCUCCCCAGCAGCGCCUCCUCACCUCCCAGCAGGCCUUCAUCACCUCCCCAGCAGCGCCUCCUCACCUCCCAGCACAGCUCCUUCACUCCCCAGCACCCUCUCACCUCCCCAGCAGACCUCCUCACCUCCCCAGCACCCGAGGCCUCUUCCACCAGCAGCGCCUCCUCACCUCCCAGCAGACGCUCCUCACUCCCAGAGCGCCUCAUCACCUCCCCAUCAUCAUCAUCAUCAUCAUCAUCAUCAUCAUCAUCAUCAUCAUCAUCAUCAUCAUCAUCAUCAUCAUCUUCA